CUGAAAACUUGUCAGAGAGGACUUUUUUUCCGCAUAGAGUACGUGUGUCAUAACGUUUUGCUCGAUUUUGUGGCCCCGGGUGGUGCUGGUGGAGCGCACAGCGGGAGGCGCAUUGUCUGUAUGCAAACUGGACGACAUGGCCAUUGUAUACGUUUGGGCAUAUAUGGAGGCACCGAUGGCUCGGAGGAUCCAGCCCGUCUGAAGUCCCAGGGAGAGUUGCCUUUGGCUGUGUUGUGCGCGUUUCUCUCCUCUGACUCUCUUCUUCUUAACCGCUUCGGUCCGUCGCUAUGAGUUGCCUGGAUGUGAUGUACCAUCAAAGCUAUGGAGCGCACUACCUCCCUGCAGCGGCGUACAAGGCGACGUACUAUAACCCAGAUCACCAGCAACAACAGAGGAAGCUGAGUGCUCACAGUAAGAUGCAGAAUUGUUUGGGGCAACAGCAGCAAGGAGUAAGAGGGAUGCUGUCCAGGGAUCAGGGCCUCCGACAGGUUCCUGGAACCGAUUCAGGCUGUGUAUCCGCAUCCGAUUCAGAACUUAAGGAUGGUACUCAACCAGCAGGAGCAGAGUACUUAAACUCCCGGUGCGUGUUGUUUACCUACUUCCAAGGAGACAUCAGUGACGUGGUAGACGAACACUUCUCCCGGGCUCUGAGUCAGUCCAGCACUUUCAACAGCGAGACCAAGCCGAUCAGAAUGACACAGCCAUCUGUAUCAAGCACUGCUGGUUCAUGGAAAGAUGGUGUUUCUCACUCUGAGGGUCAGAGCAGCUCAGUUUGGAACAGCACCUAUCCAUCCCAGGCCAGUUCCUGCCUCCCAUCUGUCUCCGUCUCAGUUCACCCAGACUUCUCUCCCAGCCCCGUUUCCUUCAACCAUCCCGAUGGAGCUCUGUGGGCGGGCCAUGUGCUCACCCAGGCCAGCCUCCCGCCUCUAGCAGCCCUCCCCGACAGCUGGACCUACAACCUGAACUCCCAAAGCGGUUACCCCAGUGUCCACGACGUCUACCACCCUCACCCCCAUGCUCAUAUCCACACUAGGCACCACCACCCCAUGCUCCAUUCCUAUCCAACCCACAGUGCAGCAUUAGAUACCAGGUUUGGUCCUCUGCUGCUGCCCAGUGUGAGGAACCAGAGCCAGCCAGCUGCCAGCGCUGGCAGUUCCCCCCACAGUGAGGGGGUGAAGACAGAGAUGGAUCCCAGUAGCCCCAUCAUGGCUACCUCUAUCACCUGGACCCCCUCAUCCCUCCAUGGAUCCUUGGAGGUGUACGAAUCAGCUCUUGAUCAGACCAAAGCAAAGUCACCAGUUUGGUUCUAAGUAAUGUACUAAGAAGGACUAUCAAUGGAUUCUGCCUACAGCGCAAUUUUCACCAAAAAGGACGUACUAUGUGGCUUUAUCAAUGUAUGGCUGCAACACCAGCACUGUAAUGCACAAUGUAGAUAUAGACUGCUUACUGUAGCUUAGACUACAAGUCCUGCACUGUCCAUACGACUUAUCAUGGAGAUGAACUCAGGCUUGGACUUAAAUGACAGUGACGAGAUGCUUUGGCUCGUUGAAGAACGAUAAAAACAGACUACUAGCUUUAAAGAUGGGAGGCCUCUUUUUCUGUGUUGGCACAAAACACGAUUUCCUCUUCAUGCAAUGUGAGACAAAUUGGUUCUGUUUCAAGAGCUUGAUUUUGAUCCACAUUUUGUUUUGUACAGUAAAUGUUUGUUGAUGAUUGUACAUUUUUUUGUGCACAGCUUUGUCAUGCUAAGUUGUUGUUUGCUGGAUGAGUUCUGCU